AUGGAGUUGGAGCAUAGAGCUUUGUGGGCAUUGAGGCAGCUUAAUCUUGAUAAAGAAGUUGUGGGUACAAGUAGAGUCACAGAGUUACACGAGCUUGAUGAAUUUUGUUACCAUGCUUUUGAGAGCACAAGAUUAUACAAGGAGAGAAUGAAAAUGAUGCAUGAUAAAAACAGUCUUGAGCGGAGUUUUAAACUCGGAGAUAUGGUAUUGCUAUACAAUUCAAGAUUGAGGUUAUUUCCGGGUAAAUUAAAGUCAAGAUGGUCAGGACCAUUUAGUGUGGUAGAGAUUUACCCGACCGGAGCCGUAGAUAUUGCUGUAGCAAAUAACUCUCACACGUUUAGGGUCAAUGGGCACACGUUAAAACAUUAUUUGGGCAUGAAAGAUGCGAAAGUAGUGUCAGUGACUCAUUUGCUCGAGCCACCAAGAUUAAGCGAGUCUUAA